AUGGGCUCCGACCGGGCGAAAUUCUGCAAUCUGUGCGAACAGAAUAUUAAACCACGUGGUUGGGCCACUCACCGAAAGGCCUGCGAGAGGAACACGCAAAAGCGGGCACAUGAUGAACGCGUUGUGGAAUCAAUCAGGCAGCGAAAAGAGGAUCAACCAUUUUUCCCUGGCGAUGAUGGAGACCUCGAAUAUCGUGAAUUCGAGGUUGAUGAUAUCAAAGUUGUACAUCACCCAAAGAGCGGGAUCCCAACAAAAGUUCAUGUGUUCGGUGAUUUCAAGCGCCACCCGGCCCAUCACUCCUCGUGGUCCGCUCCUGAACCUGACGCACAACCUUGGCGUCCCUUCAAGUCUCGUUUAGAGUUUGAUAUCGCUGAAAUUGCCCUCGAAGCGGCCCUCAAUAAUGCUCAGACUGACCGUCUCCUUGACAUCUGCCGCCGUUGUGCGCGGCAGUCAGAGAAAUUCACUUUCCAGCACCAUAAGGACAUCCGUGCCAAGUGGGAUGCUGCCUCUCAAUGCUUUACGAAAGACGUGGUUUUGAUACCCUUCGCUGAUAAAUCUUGGGACUUUGAUGUCUACUAUCGUGAUCUUUGGGGAUGGGCCACCGACCUCCUCAAUGAUCCUUAUCUAUUUCCUCACUUUCAUUUUGAUGCUCAACACUUGUCGAAAUUCAAUGGGCAGUCAUUUGAACACUUUGUGGACGAGCCCUUUAUGGCUCAAAACUUCUGGGAUGCUCAAUCGCAGCUGCUGCCCGAUGCAAAACCCCUUGCCUUCAUUUUGUAUGCUGACAAGACGAAAUUAUCCAGUUUCGGUAGUGCGAAAGGGUACCCUGUCGUCACACGAUUAGCCAACCUACCCACUGACAUUCGCAAUGGUCAGGGGAUGGGUGGCGGUUAUAUUGUUGGGUGGCUUCCCGUGGUGAAGGAAGAUAAGCAACACUCUGGCAAGCCGGCGUGGGCCAACUUUAAGGCUACAGUAUGGCACAAGUCCUCCGAAAGGAUCCUCUCUUUGCUAGCAACAAAAUCCAAUAUGGGACAAUGGUUCGAGUGUUUAGACAGGGUUCAGCGCUGGUUUUUUCCAUUAAUACUAAUCUUAUCGUCCGAUUUUGAGGAGCAGUCCACAAUGUCACUCACUCGAGGUGUCAGGGCCCUUUGGCCCUGCCCCGUUUGCCUGGUUCCACACGACAAACUUAGUGAUACAUCACACUGCUAUCCACGUCGCACAUCCUGUGACUCGCAGGCUAUCCUAGCAACUGCACGAGCAAAGGACACCGCAGAAGAGAGGGAGGAGAAUGCAUUUUGGACAAUGAAGUCUACCGAUGUGCAUCGUGCACUGUCGUGGGACAAACUGCACUUUCACUCUGGUGGUGAAUGGUCGGAUCACUUGUGGGUCGAGCUUCAAAAGUAUAUCAAUGGUCUUGGACAAGACAAAACAUCUCAAGUAGAUAAGAACUAUCAAGCAUUUCCCCGUUGGCGAGAUCAGAAGCACCCAAACCAAGUAAUGAACAUUUCGUUUACGGACAACUCUGUGCAUGAAGACAUUUCGAAGAUGAUGAUAUAUGCUACCCAUGACAUUCUAACUGAGCGGGACUGUCCUCUCGGUUAUUUACUCCUUCGUUGUGUCCGUCUUUACCUCGAACUUGAUAUGUACGCCUCACUUGAAGUUCACACGGCCGAAACUAUCAGCAGUGGCCAUCACACACACCGCAUGUUUUCGGCCAUUUUGCAUCUGACGAGAACGGAAAAAAAUUGGAAUUAUCCGAAAUUACAUAUGGACCUGCAUAUUUUUGAUGACGUCGAAGCAAAAGGAGCUACCCGGAAUUAUAAUACAAAGCCCAACGAGAAGAUGCAUGGCUCAUUAAAGGAUUCGUAUUUGCUGCGGACAAACUUUCGUGAUGUAGCAGAACAGAUCCUCCAAAUCAAUCAGUGGCAAGUUGUUGCGGAUCGUAUCCGUCGGCGCUUAUAUGAAUAUGACGAGCAUCAACGUCAAUUACAUGAAGAAGACUUGCUGGAGGAAGAGGACUUCAUCGCGAAUGUUGUCGAGCGCCCUAUCUCAACCGGCGGUUCCUUUCAUGUCAAACUUGGAUCAAAACAACCUUCGGAGACCUUUGAUGCGAUUGAGAAAGCUCAUCAGGAUGACCAAGCGUUUGGUAAUUUCCGCAUCAAACUCAAUGAUUUCCUUAAUGUUCUGUUACCCUCAUCGAAUAUACCACUACCUGACAGUAAACAAGAUAAAGUCAUUAUUGGCCGGCUGCUCUUCCUUUUCGAAUGUCUGAUUCAGGACCACAAAUUUCCCCUUGCUCUUAUUCACCCCUUUGAUGACAGGGAUCUAAACCUUUUCAGAGUUCGAGCAAGACGACGAGCAGAGGCACAGUUUUUUUCAGUCAGAUCCAUCAUACGUGGAGCGCUUCUGGUACCGGAUGGGCCUUCUGAUUACCUUGUAGUUGAUACUGCAGAUACAGACAUGUUUCUUCGCAUGAAGAUGAUGCAUCUAGAGGCAGGGCACAUCGUGCGCGUUUGA